AUAGACUCGUUCUCGGAAAGGAAGUAAAACAAGUUUAAUAUUUACCGUAACUACAGAGUGUUUUUUUUUCUCUAAAAUUCUUUAUAUUUUACACAUAUUUAUCUUUGGUUUUUCUUCCAACGGAAAAUUAUUUGUCGCGUUGUGGACUACUUAGUAACAGUUAUUUGAGAGAGAAAAAAGAAAAAAGAAAAACAAAACAGAAUCUGAAAUUCAACACUAGUUUGACCUUUAAAUAUCCUCUAAAUAUGGCAGUAUCGGGUAGAAAGGUUGCUGAUUUUCAAAGUUCCAUAUCCAAAGGUUCGACAGAGGACUUUGAUCAUAGAUGUGAACCAUGUUUGGCGAUUGGUCAGCAAAUAGAAGCUCAUGGAUUUUGUGUGGACUGUCAAGAAUACCUGUGUAAGAACUGCUUUGCUUAUCAUCAAAGAACGAAGGCUUCAAAACAUCAUCAGCUGGUGAACAAAGAUAGUAUGGCUAAACAUGCUGUUAUCAAGAAGGAGCCAAACGAAUGCAAGGAGAAGUGUCAAGUGCACAAAAAGGAAGUGAUUAAAUUUUUCUGCUCUAAACAUGAAGCUCUCGGCUGUAACGAUUGUAUCGUCUUGAAUCACAGAGCAUGUGACAUUGACUAUAUACCUGAUAAAUGUGCAGGUAUUGGGGACAGUACAGAGUUCAGAGAGUUACUAAGGGAGCUUGAUAAAAAAGUAAAUGAGGCUGAUAUUAUUAUAAAGCAGGCCUCAUGUAGAGAAAAAGAAUUAGAUUCCUGUUAUGAUAAGCUACUAAAAGAAAUAACAAUGUUUCGUAAAGAGAUAAAUGAUCGCUUAGACGAGCUUCAAAAGGAAAUCCAAACAGAUGCUGACAGAAAGAAGUUCACGGAUAAACAAACGGUAAAUAAGGUGCUUAAAACGUGUACAAGCAUUUCUUCAGAUUUCAAACAACUACAGUCGAGACUACAAGACUACAACGCCUCGCAGCAGAAUGGACAGCUUUACAUUACAAUGAAACAAGCAAAGUCCAAAAUAAAGUCAAACGAAUUAAAAGAGGCAGACAGAUGUUUAGGAAAAACAAACUUGAAGUACUCAUUUGAGCAAAACCAAAACCUGGAAAAUAUGCUUUCAAGACAAAAUGCGCUUGGAAAACUCACUGUUUCUCUUUCUCAUGUAACCUCAGAGAGGAGGAAAUCAAUUGAUGAAUUAAAGAACAAAGAAGAAAUGGAGAUAAAGACAAAAUCAGACCAGUAUUCAAGCUGUAUAACAGGAUGUGUUGUUUUGUCUUCUAACAAACUAUUGGCGGCUGACUUUAGCAACGAGAAACUGAAAGUUGUUGACAUGAAAAAUAAAACUGUAAUAGAAGAGACAACACUUUCUUCUAAACCGUGGGACAUCGCAGUGGUGCCCCAGGACCAAAUUGCUGUGACAAUGCCCUGGGAGAAAGAGAUCCUUAUAAUGACAACAGCUUGUAAAAUGUCAGUUGUCCAUAAGUUUCUAGUUAAAGGAGAAUGUAGAGGUAUAGUUUAUCAUCAAGGUCAACUUUAUACAGUUUGCUUGGAUCCGACUUGUGUAUUUAUUACAGAUACCCAAGGUAAUGUACAGAACACAAUUUUAUUGGGUAAUAAGAAUGUUUAUGAACCAUACGACUUACUGCUAAGUAAGGAUCUGAAACGCAUUUUCAUCAGUUUCUUAGGUAGCAACAAUGUCGUCAGUGUAACAUUACAAGGUAAUAUUUCUGCUAAAUACAAAAACAAAGACUUAAAAGAGCCACGUGGAAUGAUAUUGCUAGAAGAUGGAUCAUUGCUGGUAUGUUAUGGUGGGGUAAAUGGCAGCAUACAUCGUAUCUCAGGUGAUUUGAAGCAAUGUUACACACUGAUAGAUGCUGUGUCGUCCCCACGUUGUAUGUGCUAUAAUCGUGAUCAAAAUGAGGUCUAUGUCGGAUGUUUGAGUGAUCAGAUGAUUGUGCUUAGUGCAAAAUAAUAUGACACUGCAAACAUUUUGUAUCAUGCAAAAGUACAAUAUUGCGAUGUUCCGUUUGGACAAUUGAGAUUUUUAUUUCUGAACCUCAUACCUCGAAAGUUGAAACUACAUAACUACGAUGAUGAAAGUCGAAAUCGCGGAACAAGAUGAUGAAAACGCGAUAUCAUUUCGCAUUUUCGCCAUAGUUGUUUCAUUUCUUCAUUAUCGUAGUUUCGACUUUCACCAUCGAACUUUAGACUUUUAUCAUCGUAGUUUCGACUUUCAUCAACGUGAUUUUGUCUCUCGAUUACGACUAUUGAAAGUCGAAACCACGAUGAAGAAAGUCGAAACUACGAUGAUGAAAGCCGAAACUACGAUGGAGAAAGUCCAAAGCACGCUGGUGAAGACAUGAAACCAUAACGGCGUAAAUGAAAUGCGAAAUGAUAGCACGUCUUCAUCAGCUUGGUCCGUGAUUUCGACAUUUACCAGGUUUCGACUUUCAUAACGAUAAACAAGAAAGUUUAUGUAGUUUAAUCCCUGACCAAGAUAUUGAUAGUAUCAUCAGGUUCUAGCCUGUUUUAUUAAAUCCACACUAAAUGCUGUACACAUAUAAAAAAUGAUCGUUUUCAUGGGCGGAUCCAGGAUUUUGUUAAGCACACGUGGAGGUUUUAGGGCGCCUUGAUAAUUGCUUCUCAGGUAUACCUGAACUGGUGCAAUCUGAGGUAUAUUUGACAUAGUUUGAGCAUGAAUAAUUUACACAAUACCACCUUUUUAAUUUUAGUGUCCCAACACUUCAGAAAUUAUGAAAACUACCAAAUUAAAUGACAUUUCUUUUAAAUAAAUUACUGAAGUCUCAAUUUUAAAAUAUAGAAAUAAUAGCCGGGCAAAAUUCACCCUAUUCAACUUGACCAAAGCGGAUAAAAUUCCCUCUUUGUUUUUAGUUAUAUCCAGAUUUUCACUUCAUGCCGUUUAAAAACAAUUACCCUCUUAAUUUUUUAAUUUAUGUUCUUUUUCAAAUUUUACAUUUUUCAUUCAACAAAAUCAAAGUGGGCAUUUUGUCUGCCUUGGUCAAGUUGAGCAGGGACUGUUUUGUCCGUUGGGAUUUAUUUCUACAUUCGUCAAUUUUAGUCUGUCAAAAAGUAUGCACGUCAGAUUUUAGUGGAAUGGUGCAGCUGUCGGAAACCCCUUAAUUGAAAUAAUAUUUUUUUUUAAAUGAUGUUUUUAAAUGACUCCUUUAUGUUGAUCAAAGCCUUUCCACAAUAUGAUUGUUCUAAAAUCUAAUUGUUUUUCAUACUUAAAUUGCAAUAACGUUAAUGUCACUUGAACUUUCACCUGUAAAUAGUUACAAUUUUUUUGCGCAUGCAGCAACCCUAUAUUAGGUUACAUGCAACUACCAGUUACUUAUAAAUAUACAAUUAUUGUUAUAUUUCCAUAUAAUUUCUAGACGGCAAUUAAACAAAAAAUUGCGAUAAUUAUGUCUGUCUUUGAUGGCUUGUUAUAUUUUCCACGAGUUAAAAAGUUAGUUUUAUUGAGUUAUUUUUCCUUGACAUUUUUUUGUACAAGAUCUUCUGCAUCCAAACAAUCAUCAAAGACAUUUCUUUGAACAGACAUAAUAACUGAUGUAUUUUAUGUGUUUGAUAAACCGUGUCUGUUGGCUUUGUGACGGUAUAUGCUGUAACACUACUGUAUGGAAUCGUUAAUAUUUUGUGUUAUCUAUUCAAUUUAAGGUACCUAUUUAUGAAUUUUAUUUCGUUUCGGUAAGGCAUGAAUUGAGGGUCAUGAAAGCAGGAAUAAUCGUUUGAAUUUCUCAUUAUUACAUAUAUUUUAAAUACUUGACUAAGAUACUGUAUUUGUAUAUAGUUACUGUGCUAUUUUCAAUUUCUGUACAUAUUAAGUCCUAGUUAAUAUCUAGUUUAGCAAGACAAUAUAGAUUUAGUAUACUUAAGAAAUAAUAAGUUCCCAAACGUGGUUUAUCGUAGAAUAACCAGAGUUUUGAGUAUCUUAUGCGUAAGAAUAUAUGUGGAAGGCGUGAAAAUAAUGUGGAAGGUGUAUGAUCUGUUUUUGAAUGACUGAUAAAGCUGUCAAAUAAUAUACAGCUUGAAAAACAAAUGUAUAUAUUAAAUGUAAGGUUUGUUCCCUUGUAUUUCCCGUUUUCUACCACUGAUGCUGUAUAUAUUCGUGGCCCAGUGGUUAAGGUCGCUGACUUGCACGAUCAAGCCUCACUAGGGCGUUGGAUUCUUCACGAGAGGAAGCUAUCCAUCUGGCCUACGAAAUGUCGGUUGUUCUACCAAGGUGCCCGCUCGUGAUUAAACAAUGCAAAGAGGGGCACCUUGGGGGUCUUUUAGCUUCAUCUACUAUCAAAACUGGAAAGUUGCCUUAUAACCUAUACUUGUAUCGUUGCGACGUUAAACCAUUGUGUCUUUUUUGUUGUUAUCCAAAUAAGUCGUUUUUGAUUUGUUGAGUUUCCAGGUCUUGAGAUAAAAGAUGAACAGGUUAGAAAUCUGGUACUUUAUUUUUGACUUUGACGUCGUUGCAUUUGUCCCAUUUACUAAGAAGAAAGCAUUAUGUAUAGUCAUGGAAAAGAAAAAGUCCAUUAUAUAUACACAAAAAAUGUAAUAGGAAAUUUUUGAACUUCUUUGUAACAUCGAUAUGAUUUUCAUGUGAUUUUUGUGAUGACAUUGAUUAAUAUGCACCUCAAGAGGAGGUUAUCUCUGCUGAUAAUAUGAUUUACUUGCACUGUAUUAUUUUUGUCAUUUUCAUUUGCUAUGAGAUCUAGAUCUCUAUUCGUCGUGUUGCGCUCAUGUUUGCGUGACUAUAUCUAAUAUCUAGUUUCCUAAGUUUUUAUAUGUAUAGAAAGUUAUAAGUCUGAAUGGUCUGAAAAGAUACGAACUGUUUCAAAACUGAGAACUUAUGUACAGUUUAAAUCUGAGUACAUUACUGAAAAGUAUCUUGAGAGUAAUUUAUCGAAAGUUGAAAAGUCACAUUUAGCUCAAUUUCGUUGUGGAAUUUUACCCUUAAAAGUUGAAACUGGUAGAUAUAUUGGUCUUAAUCCAAACGAUAGAAUUUGUCAAUUUUGUAACAAUGGUUCUAUAGAAGAUGAAACGCAUUUUUUUUACUGAACUGUCCUACUUAUACAGAUAUCAGAGUAAAUAUGAUGAACAGAGCGUUAGAAAGUAAUAACAUAUUUCUAACACUGUCUUGUGAAAACAAGUUGAAAUAUUUGAUAAAUACUCAUUAUGUUCUUGUUGCUAAAUUUAUUGUAAAUGGUAUGAGUAGACUCAAAUCUCUCUUGUUUAACUAAUACUGCAAACUUGAAUGCCCGCAAGUGAUAUUUCGCGUUACACUGGUUAUAGAAUUUAAAGAGAGUGACCAUUCGAUCACAGUUAAUCACGCUUUGGUAUACUUUGUUGAGCAUUCGUAUGUCGGCAGCAUCAUUAGUUUUAUGUUCAAAACAUCUAUGUGCUUCUUUUAUUCCCCAACAAAAUAUGUUCAGAAUAUAUACUUUGCCACGCAUAAGUUUAAUUGUAUGAAUAUUGCGAUGAUCAGUUGUAUAAAAAGUUAUAUCUUUAGAGUGACUUAUAGGCCCAACGUGGCCGGGUGUUGUAAAAUGUUUCUAUUGAUUUUGUACUUUGUACAUAUGUUAUACACAAUGUAUAAUAAAAUUUACUUUACUUUA